AUGAGGUAUGUCGUCAUUGGCUGCAACGGCCUCGGCCGCUUCGAAUGUUCACCUGGGUCGGCGCCUACCGUUUGGGGUACAUCCAAAGGCGAAAAAGGCAAACGCUUUCAAACAUUGAACAUCAACAAUUUGUAUCAGGGACCUUCUUCACGCCCCCAACACAAGUUAGCUCCACACAAACAAGGCUUACAAAGUUUGGGCAAGGUUCCCACUGCUCGCCGAGCUCCAGCUAACCUACCCAGCUUAAAAGCUGAAGGUGGUAGCUCUCUUGAUGGCUCCACUGGCAAUGGAUGGCUGUCUAAAGAAGAAAAGGCAGCUGCUGGAAAUGCCGUCGAUGGCAAAGAAAAGAGCCCUACCACCGGACCUCUGAGUCGAACCAGCGGAGGUGGAGCGGGAGUGGAUGCUGGAGCCAGCAUGGGAAUGCCUCAAUCCUUGUGGCGUGGUAAACCUGGACAGUCAUUUCUAAAUCAACGGUCUCCUCUGUUCGGACAAGAGUUUCCCUCACUUCAAGCUCAGGAGGAGUCUGCUAAUGGCACACUUGCCCUGAAAUCGGGUGGCAUCAAGACCGAACAUAAGUACGGCCCAGGCCCAGCCCUUCGACCUCAAAACUCUGGCACAUGGGCCCAUGGCGGCGGCUCGAAGCCCGUAGCCCCCGUCUCGUCAGCUAAGGAAGAGACCCCGUCGGCUGCCGUGCUAUCGGUGGCCCCGCCCGUUGUGGCCCCACCAAAACCUGAGAACUUCUUGGCUCACUUUGAUGUUUCCACUACAAGUCCACUCUUGAACUCUCAUCAUACCAUCAAAGGUGUAGACCUGAUGUCCAAAAAGAUGGGUGGUUUAUUGAAUAAGAAGACUGAACCCGUCCGAGCCACGGGGCCCCCUCAUCAACAGCGUUCUCGAAAUCCGAUCAAAGAAACUCAGGUUGCUUUUCAAGGGUCGAUCAUUGAUAAAGAGAAGCUCAUGCGCUUGGACGAUUUGGAAUCGUGCAAUGACGACUGGACUCGAAGUGACGACGACUUUGAUUACAACAAGAAAUUGGCCAGUCAAAGUGACAAAGGCCUUCAUUCUAUGAAUUCAGGGUCUCUUGGCUCGCCUUCCAAUGUGUUUGCUCCCACAAGACAUUCUACAGAUGUAGGCGACUGGAUGAAGCCCAAUGUUUUAAGCUCUUCACCGAAUUUCCUCCCUCCAGACAAUGAUAUCCCGAUGAACUUGGAUCGCCGAUUUGAUUCUGAAGAAGAUAGGCGAAGAUAUAAAAAGAAGGAAGAAGUCAUGAAAAACAUUGAACGAGCCCGCCGUCGACGCGAAGAAGAAGAGAGUAAGUAUGGGAACCAAGUCCCUCGAUCAGAUGGUAACAUGGAACGUGGUGACCAACAUUCGUUGAAUUAUGGCAAUAAUAAGAUCAUGAAUAAGCCGGACAAACGCAUCCCCUUGGAAAAGGAUCUUGAUCCACAAGAGCUGGUUAACCCUGUGAGCAACUUAAAGUUAUCCGUUGGAGAUGGAAUGGGAGCUCCUCAAAGGUUCAAGAAGAAUUCCCCAGAUGUUGGAAGCUAUUCCAACAAACAUUCAACACCCCCAUCACACCAGGGCUGGCUAGUCCGUGGNGGAAUGGGAGCUCCUCAAAGGUUCAAGAAGAAUUCCCCAGAUGUUGGAAGCUAUUCCAACAAACAUUCAACACCCCCAUCACACCAGGGAGAUUUGAUGGCCAAACCAAAUAGUUCUGCGCACCUCUCCCAUGCCCAACGCCCUGAAGGUAAUGUCUACCCCAAUGAUGUUGAGAUGCCCAAAAAGAAGGACGGACUGACUUCCACUGACGAUGAGAGGGGAAACAGGCCGGGUCUCCUCAACCAUCAGGUUCGCCACAACGUCUCCAGAGAUCACUACAGUAUUCAUACAGAAGAAGCCAGCCUCGAUCCCAAUCACAGUGAUGGAAGAUAUCUUGCCCGUGAUAGCAAAGAGACUUCGCCCCAGCCGAAAGAGAGCGGGGUCCGCGGAAAGUCGAGGGGAGGAAAAGCUAACCGUGGAUCGAGGGGGUCAGGGGGUUUAGAGGGAGGACAACAGCAACGUGCUCGAGACUCGAAUCGAGGUGGGGGAGGCAACGGCGUUGGAAGUACCGGACCACAUCAGCAAUCCCAUCGAGGUGGCGGCGGCGGCAACACCGCCAACACGGCCAACACGGCCAACACCAACAUCAGCUCUUCAUACGGGCCAGCCAGCCAAACACGAUCCAAUAAAGGUAACCGAGGAGGUGAUGAUUACACGGAAAUGUCCAAAGAAGUGAACCGACGAGACAAUACUGCGGAUGACCUAAACUCAAUGGGUUCCUCAGAAGCAACUGGGGUUAGAGCCUCGGGUUGGUUCCCACCCAGGGGUUUACCCUCCCGCCGUGGUCGAGGCAAUCAUUCAUCUCAGAGUCAUCAUCGAACAUCGUAUGUUCGGGAGGAUGAUAAUCAUCAAAGUACUCCGGAUUCAGUCGAACCUUUAUCUGAAGAAAGCCAAGAUGACGACAUGGGUGGUGGUGGUGGUAGUAGUAGUAGACACCCUUAUGGCGGUGGAGGGUCCCUAAGGUCUAACAAACGCCGAAGCGGUGGUGACAUGAGUAUGAGAGGCGGGAUUGGUGGUGGAAAUGAGCCUGGUGGUAUUGGACACUUUAAAAAGCAACCAAUGGAUACCAAUUCAAUCCAGUCGGACAACUCGCGUCGAGGAGGCGCCAACAAUCGGUAUGAUUCAAUUCCGGCAACGAACCCAGCUAAACGCCAAUCUCCCAAACAGCAAGUUUUUGAUCGUCGUCAGAACAAAUUGCCCCCUCGAUUGGCUAAACAGAGGGAACAGAAUCGCCAGUCGUCUUCGCGAGGUGGAAUGGGUGGUAGCAAUCCAUCGCAUUCUGAGGAGGAAGGCCCCUCGAGUGUUGUGGAUACCUGGGCACGACAUGACGGAACUACGUUCACCGCGAAUGAUGAGACAGGUGGGAAAGGCGUCCAGAGUUUCAAACUGAGGUCUGAAGAAUCUCAAGCAGAGGCAAGCAACCAGCCUGUUGAGACCAUCAUUUUUGAGAAUACGAACUUGCGAACCAACAAAGGAUUUGUUUCCAGUGGAGGGCAACAACAGCAGCAGCAAUGCUCAAAUCCCGAUCGGCCUUCAACCAUGAAAGGGCAGGGAAAAAUAGACCCUUCAACCGACAACAGCAAUCCUAACCUUGCGGUCAGUCACCCAAUGGGGUUUAGUGGACGAGCUAACAAACACGAGGAUGUCAACACGGAUCUGAAGUUUGAUUUCACCACUUUUGACACUGAAAUUCCCCAUCAAAAUGCCUCUCGAGAUGAAAGUGGAACUGGAGUCCUUAGUGGCAAGGCCCACAUCCAAAGCAGCAACAAAAACUCGUCGUCAAUUCAUCAUCCGUCAGCCGAGGAUUUGAACAUGAAGAUUGCCAGUGUGAAAAAAGUAUGGGAUUCAAACUCUCUCUCAGCCCAUGAAUCUCGAACAGAACCUGCCAAGUCAUCACAUUUCGCUUUCCAAGAUAACAGUGGCCCUCCUCCUAACCAACCCUCGAAGGCUCAGUCUUCCUCCGGAAACAUAUUGGAAAACGGAGACCACUCGGACAUUGGAGACCACCAUGGAGGAAGAAAAGGUGAAGCUGGUAUGAAUAAUGGGGGAAAAGCACGCCACCAAGAUCAACACCAGUCGCAACAACAACGUCACCAUCAACAGCCUCCCCCGAAUCCUCAUCAUCAAAACCCGAGUGGCAAUGCCAACAACAUGUCGAAUAACAAUAACCACAUGUCUGGGAAUUUGGCCGUAGCCUCAGUUGCUUCGUCACAAGGCGUUGGAUUGCCCUCAAAUAGCAUUCCUUCGUCCACUAGUGGAGGUGUUCUAGCUGGCAAUGACUUUGAUAGGCGUGCUCCUUUGGCAUAUAAUCGCUUGGUGAAUUCGAGUACAGGCGGCAUUUCGGCAUUUCACUCACCACCUUCGCUUCUAGCCGGCCAGCCGCAUUCUUUGUAUCAAGCAUUCCAAUUGGACAGUCGAAAUGUGGCUAAUCAGCUUUAUCCGACUUAUGCGGGCAUGGGUCAAUCCAUGCUCCUUCCAACCCCUUCUACUGCCGCUCCCAAUGAUAUGUUUGGAGCAGCUGUGGUGGCUGCGGCUGCGGGUGGCCACAAUCAGUACUCUUUGGGGCACAAUCCCAGUGGAGGAUCUGCCCAAUAUGCUGCAAAUAUAUUGACCUCACAACGGCAACAGCAGCAACAACAACAACAACAAGCUAAUCUAAUUAACUCGAAAGUUCAAGGCCCUCAAAUUGGGCCUAUUGGAUCGAAGGCCGGGGCUCCUGGAAACGGUAAUCCCCAAAGCUUCCAUCAAGCUUCAGGUCAAAUGGCCAACCCUGCCAAUUCCCCCUUGCUCAUCCAAUAUGACAAUAGUGGUAAUCCUUACUUGCCAAGGAGUGGGGGCCAGAGUGGCCAAACAGCGUUUUAUCAGGCCUUUGCAGCGGCCAAUAGCCAAAAUCAGAAUGCUGGUAGGCAACAGCAACAAUCCCUUGGGCUUCAAGGGUUCAAUGCCGUCAACCAAGCUGGGCUCCAAUCAAUGGCUCCUAAUCACAUUAGAGGCCAGCAACAGCAUCCUCAAACCAUGGGGAUGCAAUACCUCAAGACUACAAACGAUGGCGGUAGUAAUGGAAAUGGGAAUAGUGGACCAGCUGUAUGUGGAGCCGUAGCUGGAGGAGGAGCAAUGAAGACUUAUGAUUCCUCGAACAUGGGAUCCCGAGGGGGUGGAGGGCCACCUAUUUCUAACAAUCCUCAUCCUCCUAGCUCUGGCGACGAGAUGGCAUACAACCCGACGCCCAUUCAACGCCCCCAAGGAAGCUCCUAAAUAGAUUUAGUGUUGGCCAUCUCCUCGCUCUCUCUCUCGUAUUCUUCUAUCUCCCCUCGACUGCGUGGUUUCCCAACCGAUUUAUUAAAAGGAGUACCAUCCAUACGGGAGCUUGUGGCUCCAGUUUUGGUUGCGUUUUCUUUGAGCUCCAGUUAGUGGUGUUAUCUUAGUGCUCUUUGUUGCACAAAGUGCUGCUCUUGAAUUCAAUCUUGGACGGCACUCAUACCGAAGGAAGUGAAUUAUGAAAAUUUUGCAACUUGAAUAGUGUCUGUGUCUUGUGAGGUGACAGUAGCCAGCAACCAGCUAUGUUUAUAUCGUCUUCGUCAAUUACUUCAAGUGAUAAUCGCCAGAUUGUUUUCCUAAUGGAUUGACCUAACAGUGACAAGAAUGUUAUUCUUAAAAGAGCGAAACCCUCAUGAUUGAACUACAUCAGAUGGGCCCUUCUUCCACUGUUAUACCAUAAAGAUGAUUAUUACUUCUGCAAGUGUUGAUGCUACUUCUACUAUCAUUAUCAUUAUUAUUAUUACUACUACUACUCCUACUUCUAUCAUUAUUGCCACCACAACUUCUGUUGCUGCGACUAAGACCACUUUCUACACCUACUAAUAACAGCCACAAUUACAAUACAGCCACUAGUAUGGAAA